AUGGCUGGCCCGCGGAACGGCCAGCGCAGCUGCAUCCGGGCCGCGUUCACGGCCAGCACCAGGGCUGGCUUCCAGAAGAAGCAGAGAAACAGGCUCCGUCGCCUUAAGGCCAGUCACAGGAAGAAUCACCUGGACUUUGUUGAAGGCAUCUGGAGAGAGCUUUUAGAUCCUUACGACGCUGACUGGGAAGAGGCCCGCAGUCACGCCUCCUGUCAUUUCAACGGCUGCUCCCUGGGCGCCGCGAACUGUGACGGGCCUCCGCACACACUCAAGUCCAGGGGUCCAGGGGAUGUGAGCUCAGAAGACCCCCUCUCGGCGAACCUUCCACUCCUGGUCCUGACGGCCACUGGCUGGGCCCCAGCAGCACCGGAGGGCAGCGACGUGGACAUGCAACCUGCGGAGGCCGGUGGCCUGGAGGCGCGGGGGCGGAUGGCCCGGCUGCCUGGACCCCUGGAGGACGCGGGGAUGAUGGAGGAGGACCGGGGGUCCCCCGAGGCUGGCAGACCCCAGGGCAGGGCCAGAGGGUCACGGCCGCCCCCUAGACUCGGGACCGAGAGGGACAGGGGGCCCAAGCUCACCCUCUCCAAGAGGAAACUGGAACUAUUACUCACAGAGCCGAAGAGUAAGCGAAAGAAGCAGUAUGUGGCCUAG